CCAACCGCCGUUAAACCUCAUAAAAACCUCGGAAAAACCUUUGUUUAUUAUUUUCAAGAUGGCGGCGGGAAUGUAUUUAGAACAUUACCUUGACAGUAUAGAAAAUCUGCCGUUUGAGCUACAGAGGAAUUUCACUCUAAUGAGAGACCUGGACACACGGACAGAGGAUCUGAAAGGGCAGAUAGACUCUUUGGCUCGUGAGUACACGUCAAACACACACACCCUCUCCUCUGAGCAGAAGCUCUCCCUGCUCCGGCAGAUCCAGCAGUCAUAUGGCAAGUGUAAAGAGUUUGGAGAUGAUAAGGUCCAACUGGCCAUGCAGACCUAUGAGAUGGUGGACAAACACAUUCGCAGGCUGGACACAGACCUGGCCCGCUUCGAGGCAGACCUGAAGGAGAAAAAGAUUGAGAGCACAGACUAUGAUUCCACCUCCAGUAAGGGAAUCAAGAGUGAGCUCAGGGGGCCAAAAGAGAAGAAGGUGGCUCGCACAAGGUUAAAGGUGAAGUCUGACGACGACUGCAGCCCCAAAAGCGGACAGAAGAAAGUCAAACUAACACAAGCGCCUGAGUUCACAGCACCUACAGUGAACUUUGGGAACGUCCACCCCUCGGACGUGCUGGACAUGCCCGUGGACCCCAACGAGCCCACCUACUGCCUGUGUCACCAAGUGUCCUACGGAGAGAUGAUUGGCUGUGACAACACAGACAGAGAAGCAAUGACAUCACGUCCUGAGAUGACGGAAUUGAAAUGAACCCCAACCCUGAUUGGGUCAACUAUUCACUAUGAUCCAAAUCCUAACCUGAUAUCUGGGCACUAGAAUGUUCCUACAAAAAAUACCACAUUGACAUGAAUGCGUGAUUUUACCUAAAAGUUUGAUUUAUAAAAUAGUGUUUAGAAAUGAGCGAUGG